UUUUCACUGUUACCAUAGAAAAGUUGAUUUAAAACAUGUUUGCCUUACGAUGAAUUUUAUUAAGUGAAUUCAAUUCUUAAGCUGGUUUGUCAAUAUAUGAUUUUGGGUUUUGCAUCAUCCCAGACCGUUCAAUUAAAUAUUCAAAGUGAUCACCUUCAUCGGCCUGUUCAUUGUGUUUCUAGUUCUAUGGUGCAAUUUAUUUCAACAAACUGACUCUCUAAGGCAAACAAUAAGCAAUCUAGUCGUAAGUACUUACGGAGCCUGGAAAAAGAAAGUUAAAUUACAGUGUGAAUCAACUUGUACAUCUGAAAGAAAAAAAAUGUUCAGCAAGUAUUUAGUAAAAGAAGGGGCAAUUCUUAAGUCUUUUAAUGACAAAAAGAAAUAUAAGCUUAUCACUUUGAUCAACGGUCUACGAGCUCUUCUCAUAUGUGACACCAGUUUCAGUCAACAUGAUCGUUCGCCGUCCCCAUCAACAUGUUCUGAAGCCACGCAGGACGAUAAGUCUGAAAUGUCGGAUGAUGAUGUUAGUGUAGAAGAACAAAUGAAAGGCAAGAAAAUAUGUGGAGCUGCAUUAUCAGUUCGUGUUGGAACUCUCAAUGAUCCUAUCAAUAUCCAAGGCCUUGCACAUCUUGUAGAACAUGUUAUUUUCAUGGGAAACAAAGAUUAUCCCGAGGAAAACUCAUUUGACGCUUUCCUAAAUCGCAAAAGUGGCUACGUUAAUGCUCAAACUGAUUACGAGAACACUGUUUAUGAAUUUCAAGUGCCUAAUCGUUAUCUACAAGAGUCAUUGCAAAGGUUCGCUGCUAUAUUCAUUUCUCCAUUGUUCCGUGAAUCUUCUGUUCAGAAUGAAAUCCGUCCAGUUGAUAAUGAGUUUGUAAACUCACUUGGUGAUGAUGACUUGCGAGCUGAAAGCUUACUUGCAAGCUUAACUCAACCUGGUCAUGACUUGAGUAAAUUUUCGUUCGGUAACGUUAAAAGUCUAAUUGAUCUUCCAAAAGCAGAAGGAAUUGAUCUUAAUCAAGCAAUUAAAAAUUUUUGGUCCACUCAUUAUCAUGCAAGUAACAUGAAUCUAGUUGUUCAAGGAGAACAUGAUCUCGAAACUUUGGAAAAAUGGGUGACUGAAUAUUUUGUUGAUAUUCCAAGUUCUAAAGAGACUUAUCAGCCCCCAAUGAGUCAAGUUAAUGAUACAAACAACUUUCCCUAUGCUGAAUCAAAGUUUUGUAGACUUUUUUACAUUGAACCCGUUGCAUCGGGCGACUAUUUCUACAUUAAUUUUUGGCUUCCACCUAAAUUUAAUUGCUACAAAUCAAAGCCUCUCUCUUAUUUCGGAUCUUUGCUAGGACAUGAAGGAAAAGGAAGUUUGUUUUCUAUUCUUAAAAAGAGAGGUUAUGCCUUGGAAAUUAUUGCUGGUAACCACGAAAAUGGAUUUGAUGCUAACUGUUUUCAAGCCUUGUUUAGUAUUCAAAUCAAACUGACACCAUUAGGAUUAGAAAAUCUGGAUUCAAUCGUCGAUUACAUUUGGAGCUUCAUUGAUUCUAUCAAGACUCAUGGCCCACAAAGUGAACACCUUGAAGAAGAUAUGGCUAUUCGCUUGUAUUCUUUUGCUUUUGCUAAUGAGAAAAGUGGAUGUCGAAAUUGUGUUAAAAUUGCCCGGAAUAUGACUAAAUAUGAUACUGAACAUAUCCUUACUGGUUCUAAAUUGUUAUUUGAAAUCGAUAAGGACAAAAUCCAAUCGGUUCUUCCUUAUCUUUCACCAGAUCGAGCUAAUUAUAUAGUUUUUUCAAAGAAGUUAUUCGCUAAAAAAGAUUUACCUAUUGAAACUGAACAAUGGUUUGGAACAAAAUAUAAGACAACGGAUACUCCAACCCGAUGGAUUAUGUUUAAGAAGCCACAAGAUUUUGACGCUGAAGUUCAUUUUCCACUUGUAAAUGAUUUUAUAGCUCAUAAUUUUGAAGUUCUUCACAGUGAGGUCACUGAUUAUCCUAAAUGCAUAAGCGAAACUCACUGUUGGAGAUUGUGGUUCAAAGAAGGAACUAAAUAUGAAGUUCCAAAAGUCUGUGUUAAAAUGAUUUUCAGAUCUCCAUUGGCUCGAAGUAAUCCACAAAUUUCUGCUGCCCUGGAACUCUACAUCCGAGCUCUUGUAAUGAAGGCUGAAGAAGAUGUCUAUCCAGCAUCAAUUGCUGGACUGGAUUAUAAUGUGGGACUUCAUGAUUCUGGCUUGUAUCUUUCAUUUUCUGGAUUCAGUGAUAAAGUGUCUAAAUUCGUUCAACUUAUUGUGAAUCAUUUAGUGACAUUAGAUUUCGAUGAAGAUAUAUUUUCCAAUAUUCGUCGUGAUCUAUGUGAUGAAUAUUACAAUUCGUUUACAGACUCGUCCGAAUUGUCUGCAUCCAUACGAUUGUCCAUUCUUAAACCCAAUUUCGCACCACCUUAUGUUAAACGGAUCUUUUUGCCUAAUCUUACUCGGGAAAUAGUCAUUUCUGCUGGUCGUCAGCUUCUUGCAAAUUCAUUUUUGGAAUGCUUUGUGACUGGAAAUAUAACUUCUACUCAAGCCUUAUCCAUUGUUGAGCAAGUUUCAUCAACUGCUCGUUUUGCACCUUUGUUUCAAUAUUCAACUAUUCAAGAUAGAGCUUGCCAAUUACCGCCUGGCCAUCAUAUUUGUCGAGUUUUAUCGUUCAGCAAGGAAGAGAAAAGUUCUACGAUUGUCAACUAUUAUCAAUUUGAACCUGUCGACUUUAAAACAGGAGUAAUUAAUGAACUUCUCAACUCAACCAUGAGUGAGCAACUUUUUGAUACGCUACGGACACAAGAAGGAUUAGGUUACGAGGUUUACGCUAAUCAUCAACAAACUUACGGUAUUGGUGGACUUACAGUUACGGUGGUAAGCAAUGCGGAAAAAUUUGAUUGCUCGUAUAUUGAUGAUCGAAUUGAAGCAUUUCUGGCUAAAUUUUCUUCCACAUUGGUGAAAAUGAGUGAAGAUGAAUUUGACGAGUUAGUAAAUGGCUUGCUUAAGAUGAAAAGUGCUCCAUUCUUAACACUGAAUGAAGAAUCUAAAUUUUUCUGGGGUGAAAUCUUGGAAAGAAGAUACAUGUUUGAUAAAAGACAAAAAGAAAUUGCUGCUCUAACAGAGCUAACUCUUUCUGAAUUCAUUACUUGGUCAUAUUUACAUCUAUUAGAUACUUCUCAUAGGAAAAAGUUAUCUAUCCAGAUUGUUGCAAAUGGCUCUAAAGCAUUGGAGGAAAGUCUCGCCAUUGAAAGUAACCCAUUCAUAUCGCCAAUUACUGAUCCUAAUGAUGUCUCUUCAGGAAUAGUCGACUGUGAAUGUAUUAGUGAGUCCAGCAGCAGUAAAAUCAGUAACAUCUCAAAGAUUGAUGAAGAUUUCCUCAAGAAUCAUGAUUGCUCACAUUUAUUGAAAAGUAACAAACGACCAAUUGAAGAAGAAGAUCAAGUCUAUAUCCUGAAGCAUUUAGCACCAAAAACUGCCAAAUCUGGUGCAAAAUUAAUCGUAGAUAUUGAAGAAUUCAAAAGAUAUCUUCCUAUUUACCCGAAAAUUAGAAAAAUUAACCGAUAACGUUUCAAAGUGGAACAUUUUCUCAAAAAAACUUACUCGCAAGAACUUCCAAUCAACCAAAACCUUAUUGAAUACAGUUCAUUAUUUUAGUUUGCAAUUGAUUAUAUUUAUUUCAAUGAGCUCAAUCGACAUGCAUGUUGCCAUCAUCAAUAAACGGAUUUAUACUCAUGGAUGAUUGCUAAUUCACAUUGCAUUUUUGGUUAUUUUUGCAAUCUUUAUAUGAUAAUGUUUACAUUUUGACUAACAAUCAACAAGUUAUCGUUAAAUUUCUUUUCAAACAAUAAUUGUUAAUGAUUAAACAUAAAUUUGUUUAAAAAUGUCUGGAACUUAUUAAUGGAUUGCAAUUUUCAAAGAACAAUAAACGAAUGAAUAUUUAUUAUUAA